CGAAAACCAGCUGACUGCGCGAUGACCUACUUUUGUUAGAGGUCACCGCGCAGCUCAUUUGCAUAGAAAGGGAAGGAAGGGAAGAUGUCGUCCAUGAUUGGGAAUCGGCGGUCCAAGUGGGACCAGCCUGCACAGGCAGGCGGAGCGCCGGGCUUGAUACCGCCGGGGGCAAACGCAGCCGACUCCUCCAGCCCCGUGGAGGCAGCUGCAGCCGCGGCCGCCAAGAUCAACGCCAUGUUAGUGGCCAAGGGGAAACUUAAACUGCCCGCACAGCAGAAUCAGAACAGCAGUAAACCCAAGUCUUCCUCUGUUCAGCCCCAGCAGCAGAACCAGAGGAAGGAGGAGGUCUUCAUGGCCGAGAUCGAGAUAAACGACGUGCCCAUCGGCUGCAGGAACUUACUCACCAGGGGACACACACAGGAUGAGGUGCAUAAGAUGAGUGGGGCAGCUGUAUCCACACGUGGCAGAUACAUGUCACCUGAAGACAAGGCCAAAAAUAACUACGGGGAGAGACCUCUGUAUUUGUGUGUUCAAGGACCCAUACAAGAAGCAGUGGACACCUCUAGUACAAUGCAUUAUGUACAGGACAAGGUGUUCGUUGGUUUGGAACAUGCCCCACCCUCCUUCAAUGUGAGGGAAAAAGUCCUAGGAGUUGCGGGUUCUUACCUAGACCAUAUCCAAAGAGAGACAGGUGCCAAGGUGCAGCUGAGAGGGAAGGGUUCUGGUACAAUAGAGGCCACAUCAGGGAGAGAGGACUUCUCACCUAUGUACAUUUGGAUAAGCCACACAAACCCAGCAGGUCUGGACCAGGCCAAGAAGUUGUGUGAAAAUUUGUUGCAAACAAUCCACCAAGAGUAUGCAAAGUAUCAGCAGCAGAUUGCAGCAGGGAUCAUUCCUCCCCCUAACAUAGUACAAGGUGUUCAACCAGGCAAUAUGACGAUUACGACGGGGCUGCCUCCCCCCGGGCACGUUGGUCAGGUGGGCCUGUCCCAGGGCGGCCCUAGCCCCGCCCCUCCCCCCUCCUCCCUGUCCCUGCCGGUGGGGAUGCAGCAGCCAGCACUACUGCAGCAGCCGGCACCCGGACAGCCAGGUCUGGGCAUGCCACAGACCACACAGCUGACUUUCACAGGAUCGCCCCUGGGGAUGCAGCCCCCCCACCCCGGACAGCUGUUGCCGGGAGGCGCCCCGCCCGGCCUGCUUGGCAACCUCCCUCCCACCACAGGCUCACCAUGGGACUUGCCACAGACAACCAUGCCAAGCUCCUAUGGUCUGAUGUCCCCAGGGUUGAGUCAGGGCUCGAUGGCGAACCCUCCACCUGUCCAGUCCGUCAUGACGGCACAACAGAUCAUCUCUUCACUAGCGUCGAGCCAGGCCCCUCCCCCCGCUGGGGUGGUACAGUCGAGUAUCCCCUCCCCACAACUACAGUCACUCCUGCCUCCACAACAGCAGCAGUUACCCGGCCUGCAGCACCCCGACCUGCCCGGCCCGUUGCCGGGCGGCCCACAGCAGCCCCAGCCGCAGCACCCGUUCCUGCCGGGGCAGCCGCCGCCACAGCAGUUACAGCUGCAGCACAACCUGCAGCCACCUGGCCAGCUGCCGCCCGGGCUCAGGCCGCCACUGCCGGUCACGUCCAACCAGCUGCUGCCUCAGCAGCCACAUGAGAUGAGCAUCGGUGGCCCCCCUCCCGGCCCCUCCUCCCUGCACUACAGCCAGGCCGACCAGCGGCGGGACCUCCCCCAGCCGCCACAGAAGCGACGCUUCACCGAGGAGCCUGAGAAGGAGGACCUGCAGGCCAUUCUGGGAUACCAGCAUGGCCCUCCUCACUUGACUAAUCUAGGUAGCGGCCCAGCGUCGUCCCAGCCCCAGCCACCCUCUAGCCAGCCGCAGCAUCUGCAAGGAAACUUGCUGCCUCCUCCCGGAGCACAUCCUGGAGGUCCGCCUCCUCCGCACCUUCUCCUGCCCGCCGCCCCCCCAGACGAAGACGAAAGGGACAGGCAGUUGAUGCCGCCGCCUCCUCGACCGCCAGGAAUGCCGAGCGACCGGGAUAGGCAGCUUAUGCCACCCCCACCUCCACCCUCAGUUGCUCUGCCAGAAGGAAAAGGUGGAAAGCUGCAGGACCCGGUUCCGAUGCCAGGCCCGCCGCCGAAGAGGAUGAAGGCCGGACCGCUGGUGGCGUACGGAGAAGAUUCUGACGAAGACGAGGACGGUCGACACAGGGACCACUAUAAUCACGGCCAGUACAGCCCCACUAACCCCAACCCCGUGCCCUUCUCCCAACACCAGCCCAUGCCUUUCUGGUCAUCAUCACACUGA